GUCUCAAAGAGGAUUAACCCCACCAUCGCUACCCACUACCACUGCUUCUAACGCCUCCUCCAUUCCCCUCUGUUGAAUCCGAAGAAAUUUCAUAAGCAAAACAUGGCCGACCCGGGCACCGCUAACUGCAUCGAUAUCCUUCUGGCUAUUCUCCUGCCGCCUCUCGGAGUGUUUCUCAAAUUUGGAUGCCAGGUUGAGUUUUGGAUCUGUUUGGUGCUAACUUUGUUCGGAUAUCUCCCCGGGAUCAUCUAUGCUGUUUAUGCUAUCACCAAGUGAUUCCGAGAUGUGCUUCAUCAUCAAACUGUGUGUUUAGUUUGGUUUGUGCUAUGUGUUUGUGUGCUGUGCUUCGUUUCUAAAUUCUUUUUUCUUGCGUUUUGUGGUUGUUGCUGUUGGUUGGAUUGAUUGAAUUGGUUGUUGUAAACAAAAUCCAUCCUACUUUUUCUUCAACUUAAUUACAACUUUACUUAUAUUUUAAUC